UUCCUGUCCAGUGAUCGUCGCUUGCAUCAUUUCUGGUCUCGGUGAAUAGGGCUGCAGCAUCCGCCAUGGUGGAACCAGUCUCAGAGUCCAUCAGCUUUCCUUCUGAGGAGGAGAAGGUUCUGCAGUUCUGGAGGGAAAAGGACUGCUUCCAGGAAUGUCUCAGACAGUCCAAGAAUAGACCCAAAUAUACUUUCUAUGAUGGUCCUCCCUUUGCCACGGGUCUGCCACAUUAUGGACACAUUCUAGCUGGCACCAUCAAAGAUAUUGUUACCCGUUUUGCCCACCAGAGCGGCUUCCACGUUGAUCGCCGCUUUGGCUGGGACUGUCAUGGCCUGCCUGUGGAAUAUGAGAUUGAUAAGACAUUGGGGCUCAAAGGGCCUGAAGAUGUGGCCAAGAUGGGCAUUGCUGAAUACAACAAACAGUGCAGAAACAUUGUCAUGCGAUACUCCAAUGAGUGGGAGGCUUCAGUGAAAAGGAUGGGUAGGUGGAUUGACUUCAACAAUGACUACAAGACACUCUACCCGUGGUUCAUGGAGACUAUCUGGUGGGUGUUCAAGCAGCUGUAUGACAAGGGUCUAGUGUACCGAGGUGUCAAAGUAAUGCCUUUCUCCACUGCCUGUAACACCCCACUUUCCAACUUCGAGGCCAACCAGAACUACAAGGAUGUUCAAGACCCAUCUGUGAUUGUUAACUUUCCAUUGAUUGAAGAUGAGAAUAUAGCUUUCAUUGCCUGGACAACCACACCAUGGACACUGCCAAGUAACAUGGCUCUCUGUGUCAACCCAGAGUUAUUGUAUGUCAAGGUCAAAGAUGAUACCACAGGGAAGACUUACAUUAUGAUGGAGGCCAGGCUGGGAUCUUUGUUUAAGACGGAGAGUGAAUACACCAUACUCGAUAGGUUUCCUGGUAAAACACUGAUGGGGAAAAAAUACAGGCCUCUUUUCCCAUACUUUGCUCAGUGUGGGGAGAAAGGAGCAUUCCAGGUGGUAAUGGAUAACUACGUAAAGGAGGAAGAGGGCACAGGAGUGGUCCAUCAAGCACCAUAUUUUGGAGCUGAUGAUUACAGAGUGUGCAUGGAAUACAACAUCAUCCAGAAGGACCAGGCUCCUGUCUGCCCUGUGGACGCCUCAGGCUGCUUCACUUCAGAGGUCACUGACUUUGCGGGACAGUAUGUCAAAGAUGCCGACAAGAAUAUCAUAAAGUGGCUGAAGGAGAAAGGUCGCCUUGUCAACAGCAGCACUUAUAAACACAACUACCCCUUCUGCUGGAGGUCCGACACGCCACUCAUCUACAAGGCAGUCCCCAGCUGGUUUGUCAGAGUUGAGCAUAUGGUGGAGAAACUAUUGGACAAUAACAGCAAAUGUUACUGGGUUCCAGAGUUUGUGCGUGAGAAGCGUUUUGGAAACUGGUUGAGAGAUGCACGGGACUGGGCAGUUUCAAGAAAUCGUUACUGGGGCACGCCAAUCCCUCUUUGGAUCAGUGAUGACUUUGAAGAGGUGGUGUGUAUAGGGUCCAUGGCAGAACUGGAGGAGCUGACUGGAGCCAAAGUAACUGAUCUGCAUCGGGAGAACAUUGAUGGCCUGACAAUUCCAUCACGAUGUGGUAAAGGUGUCCUGCGGAGGGUCACAGAGGUGUUUGACUGUUGGUUUGAGAGUGGCAGUAUGCCUUAUGCCCAGGUUCACUACCCGUUUGAAAACAGGAAGGAGUUUGAGGACUCUUUCCCAGCUGACUUCAUCGCUGAAGGCAUUGACCAGACCCGGGGAUGGUUCUAUACCUUGUUGGUGCUCUCCACAGCACUCUUUGGAAGGCCACCCUUCAAGAAUGUCAUUGUAAAUGGAUUGGUACUUGCCAGUGAUGGACAGAAGAUGAGCAAGCGCAAGAAGAACUACCCGGAUCCAGGACUAGUAGUCAAAAACUAUGGAGCUGAUGCCCUCAGGUUGUAUCUUAUCAACUCUCCAGUAGUCCGUGCAGAGAACCUGCGUUUCAAAGAAGAGGGUGUUCGUGAUGUGUUGAAGGAUGUCUUUCUGCCGUGGUACAAUGCUUAUCGCUUCUUGGUGCAGAAUGUGCAAAGGCUACAAAAGGAGGAAGAGAUUCAAUUCUUGUACAACGAGAGCAAAAUGAAGCAGAGUGACAACAUCAUGGACAAGUGGAUACAGUCCUUCACACAGUCUCUCAUCCAGUUCUUCAAGGCUGAGAUGGCUGCAUACCACCUGUAUACGGUAGUGCCUCGCCUCGUCAAGUUCGUAGACAUGCUCACCAACUGGUAUGUCAGGACCAACAGGCGCCGUCUGAAGGGAGAGAGCGGCACUGAGGACUGCCUGUGGGCGCUGGAAACGCUCUUCAGUGUUCUGUUCUCCAUGUGCAGGCUGAUGGCUCCUUUUACACCUUUUAUUACAGAGAUGAUGUACCAAAAUCUGCGCUACCUUAAUGACCCUGCCUCCAUUGAAGAGAAAGACACCAGUAGCAUCCACUAUCUCAUGCUGCCCCAAGUCAGAGAGAAUUUGAUUGACAAGCACAUUGAGAUGGCUGUCUCACAAAUGCAGUCGGUGAUUGAACUGGGCAGAGUGAUCAGAGACCGGAAAACUCUACCUGUCAAGUACCCAUUAAAGGAGGUGGUAGUUAUUCACCAAGAUCCCGAGGCUCUCAGAGACAUCCAGACCCUGCAGAAAUACAUCCUGGAAGAGCUCAACGUGCGCCAGUUGACGUUGUCAAGUGACAAGGACAAGUACGGCAUCCGUCUGAGAGCAGAGCCAGAUCACAUGGUGCUGGGAAAGAGACUAAAGGGAGCUUUCAAAGCCAUCACUGCUUCUAUCAAGGAGCUCACCAACGAACAGCUAGAAACCUUCCAGAAGACGGGAUCCAUAGUGGUGGAUGGCCAUGAGCUCCAUGAAGAUGAUCUAAGGCUGAUGUACACAUUUAACCAGAGCUCUGACUCAGCUGCUCAGUAUGAAGCCCAUUCUGAUGCCCAGGUCCUGAUGUUGUUGGAUGUCAGCCCCGACCAGUCCAUGGUGGAUGAAGGCGUUGCCAGAGAGGUCAUCAACCGCAUUCAGAAACUACGCAAGAAGGGACGUUUGGUGCCUUCAGAUGAAAUCACUGUGUAUUACCGGUGCUUGCCAGAAGGGGCAUACCUUGACUCUGUGAUUCAGGCACACACUGACUUCAUCCUGGCAACCAUCAAAGCUCCUCUUUCGCAGUACCCUGUCCCCAAGACUGCCACUGUCAUCAUAGAAGAAACGACUCAGUUGAAAGGCUCUGACUUGGAACUGACUAUAGUUAAGGGAACUUCAGCCCCUCUGCCUGCUCUGAAUGGACCUGCUUGCAUCUUUGUGAAUGUCAAAGUCAAGGUUGACAACAAUGAACAAGAAGGAGUAGUGCUGUUGGAGAACCCCAAAGGGGAUAACAGACUGGAUGUGGACAAGCUGAAGAAUGUGUGCAGCAGCAUCUUUGGAUUAAAUAACAAAGAGCUUCGAUUUUUUAUCAGUGAGAUCGAGUUGACCAACAAAACAGACCUUCAGGCUCUAAGUGGUGAAACGUUGACAGUAACAUCGGUAGGCUCCUCCUCCUCUCCCAGCCUCGCCCAGACUGACAACAACCUUUUGUGUCCUUAUGUCAACCUGCUACUUUGCAACGCACAGCCAUCUGAGUGCCAGACAGGAGAGGUGGGAACCCUCCUGCUGGUGAACCCAGUGGGUCAGAAUGGGCUGGACUAUCCAGGUCUGCUCUCAGAGGCUGCCAAGGUCUUCGGUCUCCGCAGCAGACGACUCAGACUUUACGUGGAUCGGGACCUUAGCCAGGAGUUGCCAGCUGACUCGUCAGUGAAAUCUCUCGACACCAAAACUCUAUAUGUGAGAGUUCUUCCCACCACUGCUGAAGCAUAAACCCAAAACGGCAACUUAAGAUGUGAGCUAUUGUCUCUGAAGCCUCCCAGGCUCUUUUCCUGCCACUAAAGUUGGAACAGCCCCAUUCAUGUACUGUAGUUUGAUGACAACCCUAAUGUGUGAUCUUCUAAGCUCAUUCAUUCAUUUUUUUUUUUUUUUUUUUUUUUUUUUACUGUUUAUCCGGGCCGCGGUUGCAGUGGCAACAAACCGAGCAACUCAGCCCACACUUCAAAGCUUCUUUUCUUGUUUCAAAUCCUGAUGCAAAGCCGGCUUAUCUGUCAAGUUCAAAACUGUUGAUUAAACAAGUCGCUAUCACCAAUGCCGCAAUUUUUUUUCAGCCUACUGGAGCCACAAAUUAUCCAAGAAGACUUUAAAUGUUGAUGUUUUAAUACAUUCCAAAAUGUAGUUGUUUAACCAAGACUUGCUGUUUGUACCCUGAUGGAACCCCUCCCCCGAUUACCUUCAGGUUGUCACUUUGUAUAAGUGACAGUCUUCAGUGGGAAUGCAAAACAAAACAAUCCAUCCACAGCUCAUCUGUCUUUGAGUUCUCACAUUCAUAUUUUGCUAUGCUUUAAUAAAAAUGCCAGUCUGUCUGUGAGUGUGUGAGCAUGUAGGCUAUUUUUAUCAAGACAUACAUUUGAGGUUCGCUUAGUCCAGACUAAUUACUGCUACUAUGGCUCAUAGUUGAGAAACCGGUUGGACCCUUUGCGCUUACAGAUAAUUUUGAAUUUAACAGAUAAACCGCUUGUGUUCAAUGCAUUGGGAACCCUUUAUCUGCAAUAACUGGGGUUUUCAAGCUGCUGUACCUUAAAGGAAAAAUGUGGGAUAAAGAGGUAAUGUACUGUACUGUUUUAAGGAACAAAUUUAAUAAAGAUAACUACAGUUUAA